GGCUGCACCAUUCUAAACCCACACUUAACCAGCACGACUCCCUUCCUCCCCCUCCCGAUAUCUGCAAGUCCCACUGAAUGCCGAUCUCUCGCGUGCUGCUUCCGCCGCGCAUGUGCCACGUGGCAGCAAUACUUGCGGUCCGCAUUCCUCUCGCCGAGUUCUCCGCGUCGGCGGCCAAACCGCGUCGCAAGCUUCCUGCCCAUUGUGCACCCUCGACCUUUAGGCACCUUCAAAGAUUGCACGCUAAUAACUUAACGGGUCCUUCCGUGAAGGAGAGUCAUCCGCUUGUUUUCCCCUCGCCGCCCGAGGCACGGCGAAGGCGCGGAGCUACUGCGCAGCAGGCAGCCGCGGGUCGGGCGGAGCUGAGCAGGGGCUGGCAUGGCUCAAGUGAGGAUGCGAGGGGAGGCAGCGGGGACGGCGUGAUGGCGGGGGUGGUGGACUUCCGCCUGCUGGAGCAGCGCUUCCAGGCCACGGGGCAGCUGGCGGAGGGCGCAGCCACUUCGCUGCAGGGGGGGGAAACAGUGGGGAUGGGCGACGGUGGCAGUGGCAGAGGUGGUGGUGGUGCUGCAUGUGUGGCGGCGGUGCCUGGCAGCAGCAUCGUUCGUGUGGAGGGCGUAGAGGGGCUGGACUGCCCAGUGUUUACUGUGCAGGGCAGGGAGGGGUUUUUCUUCCUGCCCGGCGCGCUGACGGUGCAGCAGCAGGCGGAGCUGAUAGGCGAGGCCCUGUGCGAAAGCAUAGAGCCGCCCAACCGCACCAACCACAAUGCGGCGCUGGGCGCCAUCCACGGCCUCUGGCCCGCCUUCGCCGUCUCCUGCGCUGCCUAUGACCCGCGCCGCGACACUGCCACGCCUGCUGCUGCUGCUGCUGCUGCUGCUGCUGGGGGUGCUGAGAGCGGCAAUGACAAUAACGAUUACACCAGCAGUAAUGAGGAAGGGAAUGGGAGCAGUGGCUGUGGCGACGUUGGCAUUGAGGGUGGGGGUGCCACGAGGCCAAUGCGGUCCUACGACCCCUCUCUGCCCUCCCGCCCCUUCCCGGCCUUCCUCGCCCACCUGGCGUCGCGCCUGGCCGCGCCUGCCAUGCCGUCCCCCCAUGCCGCCUUCUCCGCUGAAGCUGCCAUCGUCAACUUCUACCAUCCAGGGGACAUGCUGGGCGGCCAUGUGGACGACAUGGAGGCGGAUUGGAGCAAGCCCAUCGUCAGCAUCAGUCUGGGGUGCAAGGCAGUGUUUCUGCUGGGGGGGCGCAGUCGCGAGGAGGCACCGAUGGCGGUGGUGGUGCGCAGCGGGGACGUGCUGCUCAUGGCGGGGCCCUGCAGGGAGUGCUUCCACGGAGUCCCUCGCAUAUUCUCCGACCCACGCGAGGCUGACAUCCCUCCUGCGCUCCUUGCUCCACUGUCCUCUGGCGGCCUGCUCCCUGCUGCCAUGCGCUCACUGCUGCCUGCCCUUAGAAUCAACGUCAACGUCAGACAGGUGUACUGACUUGCGGACUGCAAAUGGCAUGAUAUAUAUCAUUACAUGUUAUUGUAGCGCUUACA